UUCAAUUGCAAAUAUAUUCAACAACUUCCUCCUCUUGUCUAAUUGAGGAAAUUAAAAUGUCAGCCUCUUCAUGGAACAACAAAUUCCACAACCAUGCUCGUUCUAAUAGUUUGCCCUCUAAGCCACACCCUCUCAUCCUACAAUGCAAUGAACACUUAGCUAGAUUAGGGGCCAACGAUACCAUCUCUUCUUCAUUGUUAAGGCAAAAUCUAAGUAGCCUUCUUGAUUUGCAAGAGUGCAUUGAAAAGUUGGUUCAACUACCCUUAACUCAAGAAGCACUUCUUCAAGAACGCCAAGAGAAAUGGGUGGAUGAUCUCUUGGAUGGAUCUCUAAGGCUCCUUGAUGCUUGUACCGCAACCAAAGAUGCCUUACUUCACACCAAGGAGUGCACUCGUGAGCUUCAAUCAACUAUUAGAAGAAGAAGAGGUGGUGAAGUGGAACUCGCGGUAGAGGUUAAGAAAUUCUUGACCUCAAGGAAGGUGGUGCGAAAGGCCAUAUUCAAAGCCUUGGAGAAUCUGAAGGUUAAUAAUAAUGCAAAUAAGGGAAACCUUGCCAUCACUAAUUACAAAGACUACCAAACCAUGGCAUUGGUAAACUUGUUAAAAGAAGCUGAAGUGGUCACUUUUUCCAUAUUUGAGUCAUUGCUGAAUUUCUUUUCUGGGUCCACACAAGCAAAACGAAUUAGCAGCUGGGCUUUGGUUUCAAAGCUGAUGCACAACAAAAGGGUAGCUACAGGCUACGCACAAGGAGCAGAUGAGAAUGAGUUUGCAAAAGUGGAUGCUGCAUUGCAGUUAUUUGCCUUUAACAUGUCAACCAAGUCAAAUGAUGAUAUCAGUGAUUUGCAAAAGAAGCUAGAGAACUUGGGGACUUGCAUACAAGAUCUUGAAGAAGGACUUGAGUCACUGUUUAGGCGUUUGAUUAAAAUCAGAGUUGCACUUCUCAACAUCCUUAAUCACUAGCUGAAGAAUCUAAACUGGAGGGGUCAAAUUUUUGUAAUGGCAUAGAUAUUAUUGUCUUGGGUACAAUUGUAGAUAUUAACGUACUUGUUAUGUUCAUGAUUUGAUAAAUAUAUCACUCAAUAUAUUGUUCAUAUAUAUUACACAUCUGCUUGAUUUCUUCCAGAGUUCAUGACUUAUUUGCAUGGAAUAAGUUUUCAAAAACUGAUCCACUUUC